AUGGAAGCUGAAAAGUUUAAAGGACCUUCAAUCGUAUUGGCGUAUAUGCCUUAUUAUAGUGAUAAUGAUAGUUCAAUUACUGUAUUAAAAGAAACUAAACUAGCCGUUGAUAGUGGUUAUUGGUCAUUAUAUAGAUGGAAUCCAGCGCUAGAAAAGGAAGGCAAAGAACCUUUUACCUUGGAUUCUGAAAAAAUUAAGCAAGAACUUAAAGAUUUCCUUGAUAGAGAAAACAUUCUCACCCAAUUAACACGUUCUAAACCAGAAUUAUCUACAACUUUAACAAAUUCACUUGAAUCAGAAGUCAAAUCACGUCAGAAAUCAUUUGCUAUAUCUGCAUAUGAAAAGUUAUUGGGUGGUUUAACAGGUCCACCACUUUUGAUUCUUUUUGGUUCUGACAAUGGUAAUGCAGAAGGUCUCGCAAAGAGACUGCACAAAGGCGCUAAGGCCCGUGGUGUUAAUUCACGUUGUAUGUCAAUGGAUGACUACCCUAUUGAGGAUAUUACUUCUGAAAAGAAUAUAGCAUUUGUUGUUUGUACGGCUGGUCAGGGAGAAUUUCCUCAAAAUGCUCGUGAAUUCUGGAAAACAAUUUCAACUACAACAGAACUUUCUUUUUCAGAAACUCAUUACGCUGUUUUUGGUCUCGGUGAUAGUAAAUAUUGGCCAAGAGAAGAAGGUAUAAUUUAUUAUAAUAAACCUGGAAAAGAUUUAGAUGCUCGUUUAGAAAUGUUGGGCGGAAAAAGACUUUUGAAUCUUGGAUUGGGUGACGAUCAAGAUGCUGAUGGAUAUGAAACAGGAUUUCAAGCAUGGGAACCAGAACUUUGGAAAGCUUUAGGAGUUGAGCUUCUUGGUACUGCUGUUGAAGAAAAAAAGAAGACUGAUGAUGAUAUGAAAAUUGAUUCAAAUUUUUUGAGAGGAACAAUCUCCGAAGGUUUAGAAGAUACCUCCACUGGGGCAUUAUGUGAAAGAGAUACAAAAUUGACAAAAUUCCAUGGAAUUUAUCAACAAGAUGAUAGAGAUCUACGAGAUGAACGAAAAGCACAAGGGUUAGAAAAAGCUUAUUCAUUUAUGGUACGUGUCCGUGUUCCCGGUGGAGUUUCUUCACCCAAGCAGUGGUUACAAAUGGAUGAGGUUGCUGAUACACUUGCAAAUGGUGGAUUAAAAUUAACAACUCGACAAGCAUUCCAAUUACACGGUGUUCUUAAACGCAACUUAAAAUCUACCAUCCGUGGUAUUAAUAAGUGUUUAUUGGACACAUUGGCAGCAUGUGGUGAUGUUAAUCGUAAUGUCAUGUGCAGUACUACUCCAUCCAUCUCUGAAGUUCAUGGACAAGUACAUGAAUUUUCCAAAAAGUUAAGUGCUCACUUAUCUCCUAGAACAACGGCAUAUCAUGAAAUUUGGUUAGAGGAUAAAAUUGUUGCUGGAAAUGCUGUACAAGAUUUUGAACCAUUAUAUGGUCCGACAUAUCUUCCACGUAAAUUUAAGGUUGCAAUCGCAGUACCUCCUAAUAACGAUGUAGAUGUGUUUGCACAUGACUUGGGAUAUAUAGCGAUUGUAGACAAAACUAAUAAAAAAUUAUUAGGUUAUAACGUUACUGUUGGUGGUGGUAUGGGAAUGACUCAUAAUAACAAAAAGACUUAUCCACGCCUUGGAGAACUUCUUGGUUUCUGCACUCCUGAUCAAGCCAUCGACGUUGGUGAAAAAAUUAUGUUAGUUCAAAGAGAUUUUGGAGAUCGAAUUAACAGAAAACAUGCACGUCUCAAAUACACUAUUGAUGAUAGAAGCUUGGAGUGGUUCCGCAAUGAAGUCGAAAACAGGUUAGGAUAUAAUCUUGAAUCACCACGUGAAUAUACUUUUGAGAGCAAUGCAGAUCGAUACGGUUGGACGAAAGGUUUUGAUAAUAAGUGGCACUUUUGUAUUUACAUUGAAAAUGGUGUUGUUAAAGAUUCACCUGGAGCCCAAAUUAAAACUGGGUUACGUGAAAUCGCCAAAGUACACAAAGGUGAUUUCCGAUUAACACCCAAUCAACAUCUUGUUCUUAGUAAUAUCACUCAAAAGGACAAAUCACAAAUUGAAGAACUAUUGAAAAAAUAUCGGUUAGAUAACUUGCAACAUACUGGAAUUCGAUUAAAUUCCAUGUCAUGUGUAGCAUUACCAACAUGUGGUUUAGCAAUGGCGGAAUCUGAAAGAUAUCUUCCUACACUUGUUAGUAAAUUAGAAAUUAUUAUUAAUGAAGUGGGUUUAAAACAAGAUGCAAUCACAAUUAGAAUGACAGGAUGUCCUAAUGGCUGUGCUCGUCCUUAUGUAGCAGAAAUUGCCUUUGUAGGAAAAGCAUUAGGAACGUAUAAUUUAUAUUUAGGAGGCGGUUUUUAUGGUCAGAGAUUGAAUAAGUUAUAUAGAGAAAAUUUGAAAGAAGAUGAUAUCUUGAAAGAGUUGAGACCGAUUUUGGAACGGAAAAGAUUUCCAUGA